GUGGUACCACACCUGUCGCUAAUUCUCUUCCCUUACGUUACUCCCUCUCCAAACUGCUCCUCGUCUUGAUAAACGCGCCCUCCUCCUUUCUUCCUUCUUCAGAGACUCUGAUUCAGACCGGAAUUUGAAAAGAGAAAUUCUCUUUUAAUAAUUCCCAGAGGUAGCGGUUGAAGACGGUGGUGGGUUCAGAUUGAAAUGUUGGGUGAAGCAAAACUGGGGAGUGAGGACUUGAACCAGUGCUUUGAGAGGCUCCUGAUGGUUGGUGGUGGGAAUAGUGGGAUUGCUGGUGGCAUUAGUCAGGGAGGAAAGAAAAUGGAGGGAUUGGUCGUCACUGAGUGGAAAGAUAUUCCUAUGGAGCUCUUGCUGCGGAUUGUUUCUCUUGUUGAUGAUCGGACCGUAAUUGUAGCUUCUGGGGUUUGUAGUGGGUGGAGGGAUGCUAUCUGCUUGGGCCUCACCCAUCUCUGUCUCUCUUGGUGCAAAAACAACAUGAACAACUUGCUUCUGUCUCUGGCUCCUAAAUUCACAAAACUGGAAACUCUGGUACUGCGACAAGCUAAACCCCAACUUGAGGAUAAUGCUGUUGAGGCUAUUGCAAGCUACUGUCAUAAUCUGCAAGACCUAGACCUCAGCAAAAGCUUUAAGCUUAGUGAUUGUUCCCUGUAUGCAUUACCUCAUGGUUGUCCCAACCUUACCAAACUCAACAUUAGUGGGUGUACAGCAUUUACAGAUAGUGCUCUUGAAUAUCUGACUGGGUUUUGCCGAAAAUUAAAAAUUUUGAAUCUUUGUGGAUGUGUAAAGACUGCAACUGACCGUGCUUUGCAGGCUAUUGGACAGAACUGCAGUCAGUUGCAAUCUCUAAAUCUGGGAUGGUGUGAGAAUGUGGGUGAUCUUGGAGUAGUGAGCCUAGCAUACGGAUGCCCUGAUCUCAGAACUCUUGAUUUAUGUGGAUGUGUCUGUAUAACAGACGAUAGCGUGAUUGCUUUGGCAUACAGGUGUCUCCAUUUGAGAUCCCUUGGCCUGUAUUAUUGUCGAAACAUCACAGAUAGGGCCAUGUAUUCACUGGUUCAUAGCCGAGUGAAGAACAAACCUCCAAUGUGGCAAUCCAUGAAGGGCAGGUGCGAUGAGGAAGGGUUAAGGAGUCUCAAUAUCAGCCAAUGCACAGCACUUACCCCUCCUGCUGUGCAGGCACUAUGCGACUCAUUUCCUGCACUUCACACCUGCUCAGGUAGGCAUUCCCUUGUCAUGAGUGGCUGUUUGAACUUGACAUCAGUGCACUGUGCCUGUGCAGUCCAAGCACACCGUACAAUGAGUUAUGUUCCUCAUCCAGCUCAUUGAGCACUUCACUAAGCUUGAAGUUUUUUAAGUUCAAUUCCAAUCCAGCUCACUGAGCAAGUAUCAAGUUUGUUUAGAAUCCCACUGAAGUAACUAUGCCCAUGUACAUACAUGUUUGUGUUUAAAACUGGACUGUUUGGCUGCAAAUCAGCAGAACUUUCGUUGUUGGAAGUAUGGUAUGUAUAGUUUGUUCUUAUUCUUCCUUUCUGAAUUACCCAACAUUUUGGUCUAUUUGCAAGCCAAGUUUGUUGUUCAUUACUAGGUUUUCCCUUUUCAUGAUCAGAACUCAAGAUGUUUCAUGGUC